AGGUUCGUCUCGCAAUCGGUGCGAUUGCUUCCCUGCCCCAUUCAUUGUGUGCGGCAUCGGGUCCUUCCAUCUUUCUCCUCACUUUCCCAACUUCAUUUCGAGCAUUUAUUUGUAGCUUUUGGUGGUUUGUGGAGGUAAUUAGAGAUUGCUGACAAGUAGAAAGCGUCGAAACUGAAGGGACUUUAAUUUUAGGAUUUUUCUUUUCAAAUCUAGUUCAAGGAGCUGAAUCCGGCUACAAGGAGAUCAAAAUGCAGGCUGUGCGGGCUGCUGUGUUGAAGCGCAUGCGAGUGGGAGUGACCGCACCAUGGGUUCAAGCUCCUGUUGUUACCAAUGCCUCUCGGCUAUUUUCCGCUGAGGCCCACGGGACGUACUUGGACAAGCACGUCGUUACCGACCGCGUUUUGAGUGUUGUCAAGAAAAUGCAGAAAGUGGAUAGCGCUAAGGUGACUCCCAAUGCACAUUUUCAAAACGAUUUGGGACUCGACAGCUUGGACACUGUAGAGGUUGUCAUGGCCUUUGAAGAGGAAUUUGCAAUUGAGAUCCCCGAUGCUGAUGCGGACAAGAUCACUUCGUGUGCCGAUGCUAUUGAGUACAUUGCUUCUCAACCCAGAGCAAAGUAAAGAAAUGGAUUAAAGUUUUGGUUUUACCCAGGCAAUUUGUGAAUUGCAAUGAAACUUGUGGAGGUCCUCCUGGUUGGGUAGGAUUUUCGUGUUCUGUUAUUCUUCGGUGUUGAGGAUAUUACAUGCCAAUCUUUCUAGACUUAAUGUAAGUGACAACUUCACUUUCCCCAAUAUCUCUCAUCAUGGUGAUAAUAAUACAGCGGUCUUCAUUGCAAUUA